AUGGCUGCCUUGGAAUGGGUUUGGAACCAUCGUUAUUUAAUUCUCCUUUGGGUUGAGCUGGAGAUCUUGUUUUUCUCAGCUAUAAUUUUUGGCUGGGCAGCUCUAGUUGUCGUCUUGAAACAAGAUAACAUAUUUUAUGACUUAUGCAAACCUACAAGCAACGGAAAUUCGACUUUGCUUGCCGAAUAUCUCCUCAAAGACUGUAUUGAUGAACGAUUGGAUUUG